CGUAUAAUUAAUUAUUAAUAAUGCAGGAAGUUUUAAUAGUCCGACGUUACUAUUAUACGUCUCUUUUAUCUCUUACUGCAACCCCUUAGUCACCCAAAAGAGAAUUGCUUAUUAUCAUCUAGAGAAAAGAGGAGAUCAAAGAAAAAAUUUAAUAUCGUAAUAAACGCGAUAGGAAAAACAUGAAGUCGUCGGAUUUCUAUCGCGAAGGCGAUUACAAAGAGUAUUACAAAGUUUUACGAUUCUUUAUGCGUAUAUGCGGUCUAUGGCCUUAUCAAUCGUUUUUCGCUAAAUAUUUCUUUAUAACGAUGACAAUAUUUUUAAGCGAAGGAAUACUUGUUGGACAGUUAAUAGAGGUAAUACAAAUUCGAACUGAUUUAAACGAAGUCAUUGAUUGUAUACCGAAUAUAUUGAUAUCAUUGAUCGUUGGAAUUGAAUUCAUAGGACUCGUAUUCAAUUCGGGAAAGUUGAAGAAAUGUAUCGAUAGAAUCGUUGAGGAUUGGCAACAUUUGUCUUCGAAUGUGGAAAUUGAACUGUUGAAGUCGUUUACCGUUCAAGGACGAAAGUUAGCUUUCGUUUAUUUAUUUUACAUGUCGCUUACCGGCUUUAUGUUUAUGUUGCAACCAAUUGUGCUGAGCUUCAACUCUGAUAAUUCAACAAAUAUAAUCUCUACUAUUCCAUACAAAUUGGAACAUCUUGGCGAUGAAGGACGUUUGGACGUCGAUCUGAACAUUAAAAAGGUCGAUGAUAAUAAUUAUAGGAUUGCUUUAGAUUGUCUACGAAAACAUAUUAAAGUUAUAGAGUUGAUUUUCCGAGUUCAUAGAUGGAUCAUUCUCGGUUAG